AUGUACGCCUUUCUCAAGCUCACCACGGCCGUCGUCGCCCUCGUCUGCUCUAUCCAGGCUGUUCCUCUGAUCCCACAUUGCUCCGGAGCCGAAUGCAGCCAGGACAUCAGUACUGGUACCACCAGCGUCGGUUCGAUCACCAAUAUUGUUCCAGUGACCCAGGUGGUGCCGGUCACUCGCUACCAACCCAUCGUCCAGGCCUAUGCGCCGAUCGUCCAGUCCGAGUGCGCGCCUUCUGCACGCAGCCGAUUGUUGAACGUCGUACCCCUUACGCCCGAACCACACCUGCACCGUCCGGACUACCUCCGCUCCAACCCCGCUUUCUUUAGCAGCGCCAAUGAUUUCAACCGCUUUCUCAAGCGCCGCGCCGAGGUCGAGUGUAUUCCCUCUGCCACUCAGUCUUGCGAGCAGACUCUGGCGACGAGCACGGCUGAUAUGGGAUCGCUUGUCAAAGUCGAGCCUUCGACCGUGGUCUUGCCCUCAACUGUCUACCAAGGCCACGUCAAGUCCCAGGAGGCCAAGAUCUACGCCGCUGAGGCCCAGCACACUGAUCUGAAGCAUCAGAACGUAGACAUGGGCUCAAACACCUUCAUCCAGCCCGUGACGAAGGUGAUCCCACACACGACGUACCAGCCCUCGGUCGAUCAAAUGACAACAAUGAUCCAUGCCGCUCCAGCCCAGGACCAGAGCCUCGCUCGCUCGUCCGUCUCGCUGGGAUCGACGGUGACGAUCCGCCCUGUGACGAAGGUCGAGCCCCUGACGAUCUUUCAGCCCAAGAUCGAGAGCUUGCCGUUCAUCAUCCACGACGCUGCCUGUGAGACCCAGAUUGUGCCCCCUGAGCAGGCCAGGGUCGCCUCUUACUGA